GUAGCAUGUACAGCUUAGCUGAGUUAAUAUUGCUCUAGGACCUUAACUCUUGCAAACUUGAGGAUCAGAAGGCAACGUUAUAGUUGCAUUAAGAUAAAUAUUUGCUGUUUAUAAGCAUUUACUACGAUGUAAGAGUAAUGGGCGACUCAUUAUUACACCGCAGAUAUGUAGCUGCUCCCCACCAGAUUCGCAGUUAAUAUACCUAGGUAUAUCUCGAUUAACUGCUAGAAUCUGAACUCCUGUUCUGUUGGGUUUAAGGAGAUAAGCAUCCCUGAUGGUCCUCCCCCUUUUCCCUAGAAACAUCUCUGUGCCUUAGAAGGCCUUGGGAAAAACCUUUUUUCAACCCUGUAUACCACUUUGUCAGUAUCGUUUAUCCUGGCUAGCAUAUUGGUGCGUUACUGGGUUAUGCCAGACAAAGUAGUAACCUACUUUUUUUUCUGGAUUUAAUCCAUAUUAGAAAUGUUAUAUGCAGUGAAUACAUGGGGGUUGGAACAAGGACCAUGCUUGUAUUGGGAUGCCUUUCUUUGAGUAACGUAAACUUCCUUUUAAUUGUCAUGCAUUUUUCUAGUAAAAGCUCUGCAAGUCUGCAAUAAAAAUGGCCUCCAAUAAAACUACAUUGCACAAAAUGGGAAAGAAACAGAAUGGCAAAGGUAAAAAAGUUGAAGAGGCAGAGCCUGAAGAAUUUGUUGUGGAGAAAGUCCUGGACAGACGUGUUGUAAAUGGAAAGGUGGAAUACUACUUGAAGUGGAAAGGAUUUACAGAUGCUGACAACACAUGGGAACCUGAAGAAAACUUAGACUGUCCAGAGCUAAUCGAAGCUUUUCUGAACUCUCAGAAAGCUGGUAAAGAAAAAACAGAUGGUGCCAAAAGAAAAUCUUUGUCAGACAGUGAAUCUGAUGAUAGUAAAUCAAAGAAAAAGCGUGAUUCUGUUGAUAAACCAAGAGGGUUUGCAAGGGGUCUUGAUCCUGAGCGGAUAAUUGGGGCUACGGAUAGCAGUGGAGAGCUUAUGUUCCUCAUGAAAUGGAAAGACUCUGAUGAGGCAGAUCUGGUCCUGGCCAAAGAAGCUAACGUGAAGUGUCCUCAGAUUGUAAUCGCUUUUUAUGAAGAGCGACUAACUUGGCAUUCAUGCCCAGAAGAUGAAGCACAAUAAUUGUUUGCAUUGCUUUUUUAUAUAUAUGAAUAUUAAAACCUGAAAUUUGAUUUAUUAGCAAUGUGAGAAGCAUACAAGAUUCUAACAAGAAUCAAAUUUGAUAUUUUUUUGAAGUAGUAUGUUUUGCAUCAACAGCAAGUAAAUAAAAGCUUUCUGCAACUUGUUUCAUUUAUCACAAGAGAGCAUUUGAUACUACUACUUCCUCCAUAUUAGGUAAAAGCUUUUAUAAAACAUUCAUAAACUUCCAUAGUUACUACAGAAUCAUAAUGAAUGUCUAAACAAACUCACAGAUGUUUUGUAGUCUUCUAUACUAUUGAUGUGCAUGUAUCUUCUUUACCCAAACCUAGCCCUUUAAAACUGUAGAAUCAUUCUUUUUAGUAUUUGGGAUCACUUGGUCCCAAGAAGACCAGGUGAAAACUAACUUUGUAGUAAUUUGAAUGUUAUCAGACUGUAUAUUGUUUACUUUAUUGUAAAUACUGGUGAACAGUGGUCAAUAAAAUAGUUUUAUAUUCUUCCUUUAUA